AUGGAUAAGGUCAGUAACGAGCAGCAGAUGGAGCAGAAGGAGAAACCACUUCAUGAGCUCCUGACAUCUUCGCUCGUGGAUAUCUACGUCGGCCCAGAUUCCACCCACUGGACGGUCCAUGAGAGACUGCUCACGUACCAUUCGCCAUUCUUCUCUUCCAUUUUCUACGGCGAUGACAAACAAGAAGAGAAGAAGAAGCGGGGUAACAAAUCCUAUGGCCUCCCCGACGAGGAAGACUACCCUUUCGAGCUCCUCGUAGGGUGGCUGUAUUCGCGAUCGCUCCGCCAACCGAAGGAUGAAAAAGACAUCGGCCCACUCCUCGACCUCUACCUUCUCUCCGAGAAGUUCGAGAUGAAGCAACUUGGACUCGAUAUUGUCGAGCUUGCCAGGGACUUUUACUACAGCACCUCCACAUAUCCCGGUCUCCGCCGCGUGCAAUACGUCUACAACGAAACAGAAGAAGACAACGAAAUGCGCGAGAUGAUGGUCUCCUCGAUCGCACGGCAAUUGACUACGAGCGAAAAGAUUCCCGUGCAUUGGGCUAGCGCACUCCAGCGCAACGGCCAGCUAGCGGUAGACAUUAUCCGAGCCAUCCAACAAUGGCACAUCGAAGAGCGCAGCAUUCCCGAUGCCCGCGAUGGCAGCCGAGUCAGAGGCCGACAAGCCAACGGACUUGGGACCUUCAGCUCCAUCGAGCGAGAGGGCGAGUCUGUCGAGACGCUUGGGACCGAAGACACCAACCUGGGGGUCGAGAGCCUAAACAGUGGCACAAGCGAUGGUCAACUCGUCAAGAGCGAUGCAGAAGAGUAA